AUGGAGGAGCCCAAGGGGGCGGCCCCGGGGUCUGAGGAACCCAAGGGGGUGGCCCCGGCCCCGGCCCCGGCCCGGCGGCCUCGGAAAGCCUCCAAGAAGCGAAAGGAGGCUGCGGCAGUGGUCAUACCGCGGGGCAGGCCCAAGUCGGGGCGGGUGUGGAAGGACCCCGACAAGAAGAGGUUCUCACACAUGAUCCAGGACAAAGCCCUUCGAAGCUCCUGGGCACGAAAGAUGAAGGAGAGGCAGGAGAAGAAGCUUGUCCAGGACCUGGCACGGCAGCUGCAGGAGGGGAAGCAGCGGGAACGAGAGGAGAAGAAACGGCGAAGGGAGGAGAACAUCAAACGGCGCCUGGAGAACGAGAGGAAGGCAGAGAUUGUCCAAGUGAUCCGGAACCCACUGAAGCUGAAGAGGGCCAAGAAGAAGCAGCUGCGGCGGGUGGAGAAGAGGGACACCCUGGCCCUGCUCCAGAAGGCCCCUGCCAGGCACAAGGCCACCCCAGAAUGAGCUGGGGGAAUGAGGACACUGCUGCCCAACCCCUGCACCUGGGGUUUCUGUGGCUCCUGCCCCCUCUCCAGGGAUGAUUCCUCAGCUUGGAGGGGCCCUUGGUGUUGGACACGGCAGGACACAGCUGGUGGGGGUGGUUGUGUUGCUCCAGGACAUGCAGGAAGCAGCUCCUGAAUCCUUCUCUUUGCCCUCGUGGAAUUGCUGGAGAUGGAAAAUUUGU